CUCGGCCCGCACAAUCGCACAUACACGAAGAGAAGCUAAGGCAGGGUUGUGCUGUCCCUUCUGUUGUCCGUCUGGUUCAUUCAUCGUCCAAGUGUAUCCAAAGCCCACCCAUGUGUAACAAGGUUUUAGUGCAGAAAUUAAGUGUGGGCCAAAAGACAUACCCGUACCAUAAAGAGUACGGAUUAACUGAAGGUUACAGUGAUUCUGUGGUGCUGUGGAGCUUCUCUUCCUAAAUCAUCUUACAAGAAACACCAGCAUCUUGUUAGCUGGGAUUUGCAUAAUAUUUGUACUGUCAGUACUGUCCAAAGACAGAUUGUAGUGUCAAUACCCAACACUCAUUAUAUAAUUGACAAUCUUAGAUUACUUGAAAGGAAACUCACAAAUUUCUGGCAAACGCAAACCAUUACAAUAUAAAAUUAAUACCUCUCCCAAUAAACUCAGCCACUUUGAAACAGUGAACAACCUUGCGAGCGAAGGGAAGCAGCCGCCAGAACAUCUUUGAGGUUCACGUAAUCAACUUCCGACUUUCUCUUGUGAACCGGAAGGCGUUCCUCUCCUGCUGGUGUUUAACAGUGACUUGUUGGCGUGAAGGUCACAGUUGAUCUUCGUCACGCGCUGCAGGUAUAUAUAAACCACUUUACUUUAGGCAGACCCAUACGGCUCCCGUGUACCAACAACGUAACCUGUCAGCAGCCGCUGGAAUAAUCAAGUCUGAAUUGCUGCCACUAUAGUACAUAAGGACAUUUGCUGUACUACUGUAUAGAUAAAAAAAAAAAAAACUUGAAACUCUUUACGUAUCACUGCUUGUAACCUGAACUUAUCGCGUCGUACGUUGCACAGGUUUUAAAAACUUUCGUGAAGAGACAGCCAACUUUGCUGUGUGACGUGAAAAUACUUGAUAUAGUGACAGGUGGUCAAAGUAUGGCACCCACCCCCACCAUGGAGCCAAGCGACGGGGAGGAAGAGUGGCGUCGCAUGGCACGUGAACAUCCUGUCAUGAGGCUCACUAGGAAUGACAAAGAAGUGGGGAUGGACUAUGUCAACAUCCCUCACGUGGUGGCCAUGGUUGGCUUACCCGCCCGGGGUAAGACCUAUAUAGCCAUGAAGUUGGCUCGGUAUCUCAACUGGGUCGGUCUUCCCACCAAAGUUUUCAACGUUGGUGACUACCGCCGGCAAGCUGUAGGAAGCUACCAAGGUCAUGACUUCUUCCACCCUAGGAACCGCGAUGGCACGAACAUUAGGAACAAAUGUGCUCUUGAUGCUCUACAGGAUGUGUGCGAGUUCCUACAGUCAGGAGGGAUGGUGGCGGUGUACGACGCCACCAACACCAACGAGGAGCGCCGUCAGCUGAUCCACCACGUCAUCUGUCAGAGUAUGGGGUACAAGCUAUUCUUCAUUGAGUCCAUCUGCAAUGACCCAAAAAUUAUUGAAACAAACAUCAUGGAAUGUAAGGUGACAAACCCUGACUACACCAACAUGGAGAAGGAGGAUGCUGUGAAGGACUUCCUAAAGCGCAUUGAGCACUACCGCUCCCUGUAUGAGCCGCUGGAUGAAGAGAAAGAGAACCAAUACAGUUUCAUGAAGAUAUUUGAUGCAGGCCGACGAGUGGUGGUACACAAGCAGGAAGGUCACAUCGAGAGCCGCAUCGCUUAUUACCUCAUGAAUAUACACAUUACCCCAAGGUCCAUCUAUCUGACGAGGCAUGGAGAAUCAGUGUACAACCAGUUAGGUCGUAUUGGAGGAGACACUGAUCUAUCUCACCGAGGUCGGCAGUAUUCAAAUGCCCUUGCCAAGUUCAUUUCUGACCAAAGCAUCCCCAAUCUACGUGUCUGGACGUCCUGCAUGAAGAGAACAAUCCAGACUGCAUCUGGCAUCAGUGCUCCUCAGGAGAGAUGGAAGGCUCUCAAUGAGAUUGAUGCUGGUAUUUGUGAGGGCUUGACAUAUGAGGAGAUCCAGGAGCAGUACCCCGAUGAGUUUGCUGCUCGUGACCAGAAAAAAUACUCCUACAGGUAUCCACGAGGUGAAUCGUACGAGGAUGUGCUGGUUCGUCUGGAGAGUGUCAUAAUGGAGCUUGAACGACAGGAGAAUGUGUUGGUGGUCGGUCAUCAGGCUGUUCUCAGAUGUGUCUUAGCGUAUUUCCUGGACAAGAGUGCUGUGGAGCUCCCCUACCUGAAGGUCCCCCUACACACAAUUAUCAAACUCACACCUCAGGCCUAUGGGUGCAAGGUUGAAUUCUUCAAGAUUCCCAUUGACUGUGUUGAUACUCAUCGAUCUAAACCCGUGGUUACGCGCAGUGAUGAAGGGAAGGAGGAAGACAUGCAGGGAGCGUCUAGUGAAGUAGACGUAAUAGAGGGAGUGCAAGUCAGUGUAAUACAAGGAUUAGUGGAGGGAUUGUCCGUGCGUGACAAUAGACCCACUGAAGCUCAAGAUGACAUGAAUAGCCAGCUCGGGGCAGUGGGAGGUGUUCACUUUCCAGAGUCAGCCCGUGCCCUCUCAGCAUUUAGACGGCCACGGGAGUAAAAUUUAGAUGACAAGAUGGAGGACUAAUCAGACCAUCUCAGACAAGAGUGAACAUUGCUUUGAUAUCUGCCCAUUCUGCAACUUAAAGUGAAAUUUGAUAGUAAAUAUUUUUUAUUUUGGCAAUGUAAAACUUGUAUAAUCAAGAACGAAAACUGGGAUUGCUGAUAAAUUAGGAACUAGUUGCAAACCCAGAAAGUUGCAUCACAGUGAACAUUGCUUCCUUCCCACUACUCAGUGUUUUGAAAUUUUAUUAAUACUUUAACUUCAAAAUACUGUGCCGUUUUUUUGUAUUUUAUAUUAAAUUAUCUGAUAAGAAAAUGUUGUAACACUUGGCUAAGGAACAAGUAAUAGGAAAUUAUCUCUGCCUCUGAGUCAGUCAUGCAGGACCUGGCAAAACAGAAUCUUAAUAUCCAAGACAAUACAGUGCAGUAUUUAAAAAUUUUUGUUAAUGAUUACUCGGGGUUAAAAAUAAACAGUAUCUCAUAUCAUUAUGUGGAAAAAUAUACAAUAUAAAGUGUGCACAGCAGCUUUUGUGAUUCAUUCUUCAUUGCAUAGCAGAUUUUGUUGUUUAUUUUUUCAAACUUACUCACUGCUUGUUACUCAUCUAAGCAUUCAAGACCAUCAGUGCUUGUGGUAAACCAUCCCACUCUGCUUUCAUUUGUUUGUGUAUUUUUAUUGAAGCUGUGAGGUAUUUAUGUUACAUAUUUUUGGGUUUUAGUAGCAUACACUUGAAAAGUACAGCCUCUGAACUGUAAUUGGUUAACCGCUUCUCAAAAAAAUAAGUUUACUUCAAAUGAGAAGAUCUUAAAAAUCCAAAAAUCUUUAUAAUGCAUUAUUGGCAUAAAGAUACUGGAGAGUAUAUUUUAAAACAAUUGUUUCAUAUUAAAAUAUGUAAUUUUAAUAAUUGCAAAGAUCUGCGACUGCUUUUUUUCAUGUAGGAAACACUGGGUAGACCAACCACCUCAACGGCUAGUAAGCUGAUAAGUAGUAAAUAGUACUGAAACAGUAUUUUUAACCUUGAUUAAUUAUAUCACUACGUCUCAUUGCCGUUUAUGUCCUGCUGACAGUGUUUAAAGUAGGAAGGAAGAAGCUUUCUGUAAUCCAAAUUAUUCUUUACUAACAAAUCAUAGGGAGACUCCAGGUACAUAUGAGAGAAUCUGUCAUGGGUUGGGGGAAGAGAAUGUCCCCUCCUCUUCUGAAGUGUUUUUGACGAUAGUGAAAGAAAAGGGAUCUUGUAGACCAGAUGCCAUUUUAGGGGUGGUGUGGAAGUAACAGACUGUAGAAAUUGGCCUUUGGUGCACAAGGAAACGAUGGUACAAACACUACUCUCUACCAUCUUUCACUGCUGUGAAGUUAGGUAUUCCUUCUGCAGUUGGGUCGAAUGAUGGCGACCUACAUGGUGGCUGGCCAUGGGACCUUAACCAAUGAUCAUUGGGUCUGGAGAUGAGUGCUGUAUUAAUUUAUUUGCCAAGACCUACUUGAUUAUGGUGCCUUAUAUACAUUGUUUAUAAUAUUCUUCAUGGUGUUCAAGACAUCUUUUACAAGGUUGUUUACUUUAUUCAUGGUGUUCAAGACAUCUUUUACGAGGUUGUUUACUUUAUUCAUGGUGUUCAAGACAUCUUUUACAAGAUUGUUUACUUUAUUCAUGGUGUUCAAGACAUCUUUUACAAGAUUGUUUACUUUAUUCAUGGUGUUCAAGACAUCUUUUGCAAGGUUGUUUACUUUAUUCAUGGUGUUCAAGACAUCUUUUACAAGGUUGUUUACUUUAUUCAUGGUGUCCAAGGUUGCUUAUUUUACACAAUGGUGCCUAACAUAUCAUUUGCAUGGUUGUUUUUUUUUACUGUACUUAAAAACUACAGCAUUACUCUUUAUAUUAAAGCAUCUGAACUUGCUAAAAUCAUACAGGACUUGGUAGUCUGAGUGUGAAAUGCAUAAUUAUGCUUGACAUUCAUACAUUUCUAUAUUUUUAAGUAAGUCGAAUUUCACUGACCCGUGUCUAGAACUUCAUCUAUUUUUAUGAUGCUAAUUGGUAUAAGAACAAGCAGGCUAUUGGUUUGAUACACAUAUUCUCUCGAGGGUUCACUAAUCAUUUGGUCCAAGGAUCUCUUAUGAGUUUCAGUAGAUUUAGAAGAAAUAUUGUUAAUUUCUUGGUGUAUUAAGAUUCUGUUUUUGCCAUCCUGGUUAAUUGAGAAGCUGAUGUAUUAUUAUAUUUAUGAAUUUGACUUGGGUAAAACAAUUUCCAUAAAUAAGUGAGAAUAGGCUGUAUUGCAUGUGCCAGCCCUGUAUUGCAUUGCAUUGUGGGAAAGGUAGUCAUCUUUGUGUAAAAAUAUAAUGAAGUUUUAUUAAGACUUAUAUUUCCUUUACAGAAAAUUAGCUAUAUUUUGGGAAGUUAUAAAUGUAUUAAUAUAUUUACUACAAAUUAAUGUUUGCGAGGGACUUGCAUGCUUUUUUGACAUUCUUAAUACAGUACUGUACUUUGAUAUUGUGUGUUCUUCUGGUUACUGAAUGUUUUUGAUUGAUCUGCAUGAAUUUAAUGAGUUUUAUAAAUUUUGUUAAAGCCUCUUUAAUGGUCUCAAUUGAAGCAUUUUUGAGGUGUUAACUGCAGGUGAACAUUAUGGGUAUCUCUCCCUCUUAUACCUCAGGUUACGCACACCUUAAUAAGAUUCCAAUAUAUUUGAUGUUGAUGUCCGUCUUUUUUUUUAAUUCUCGGUAUAUUUUUUAUUUUUUAAUCAGUACAGUUUCCUGUUACUAUAUCCAGGUUAAAUUCAAUCAUUCCAUAAGUGUAUUUGUGGCUGUGUUAACCCAUUACAGCAUCACUCAUUCACGCCAUAAGCUAGUUUAGUUAUGCUACUUUGACGGGUGGGUAAAGGUAUUUUGCAGUGUUGUACAUUGACGCCGUUAAUUUAACGCCGUCAAUGGACGGUCGCAACCUUUUGUUAACGCUGACGCCAUAAAUUUUUUGGUCAGGUAAUGCUACAGGUGACGCAGUCAACUUUUCACCCGAGCGAAGCGUCAAGUGUCAAUUUGUUCGUCAACUUCUAAAUUUUUUUAUUUUUCCAAGUUCGAUUUUCAAUUAUCUUGUUAUAAAGACGACCUGGAGGGUGCAGUGAGGGAGACGACAAAGACCAUGUUGUGGAGGACGAAAUGUUCCAGGCCCUGUAUGAGACCCCCGCAGGAAUAAAAAACACAGUGACCUUUUCAAGUGUUUCCUGGGGGAGAAACCCCCGAAAAAAACUUUCGACAAGGACACCUUCCCCAACAAGGCCAUGAGGGACUUGUUCAUCGAAUACAACACCCCCAUCCCCUCUAGUGCUGCCGUGGAGCUCAUGUUUUCCAUGGGCAAGGACGUCUUGAGGCCCAAGCGCAGCAGAAUGAGCGACAAGCAUUUUGAGAUGCUAGUAUUCUUGUGGGGGAACAAAUGAAUAAUUAAAAUUAUAUAAUAUAAAUCAUAAUAAAUGAUUAAAAAUGAAUGAAUAUUUUUUUAUUUUGCACAUGUUACUCUCAUACACAGGAGAAUACGCGUUUCAUGGCUGCAUUUAAACGUCACCGAAAACUCGUUGACGCUAGGUGUUGACGCUGACGCUAACGGCGUCAAUUUAUGAAAUCGUUUAUGCCGAUGCUGACGGCAUCAAAUUUCUCAGCCGUUUACGCUGACGCUGGCAGCACCACUUUUUUCCGUUGACGUGUACAACACUGGUAUUUUAUAUGAAAGUAAGAACCAAGUACAACCAUUCCACAAUAACUCUAUUUACCAAGUUCAAUUAUUGCACGAACAUAUCAUAGUAAAGUUAAGGUGCUCCACAACUACGGUCACCCAUGAUGCAACACAUCCUGCGCUCUAUUUUCUCUGUUAUUAUUCUCCUCUUCAAAGCCUUAAAGUGGAAUAAGUGGAAAAUAAAGUGGUAGUAGUGAAUCUAGUAGGAGGAGGCAGCAAAAAGUUAUAUAAUUCAGCCAAAAAGUUAUUGAACAAACUGGCUAGAGUACUGGGAGUAUGGCAUCACCGAGUUGACAUUGUGAGUAAAUAGAGAAGGUUGAUUUAGGUAUAACAAUUAAUGUGGUAGUAAGCAUUUAUAAAGUGGGAAAAAGGGAUAGUAGUUGGGUAGAAGCCCAGGAACAUAACCAAGAUACAUAGUCAGGACUUAUUGUAUACUGUAUAGGUACAUUUCUUCAGUAGGACAUUUAGCCGCCCACCCCAUUGUUUAUAGUUGUCAGUCCUACUGUUAGGAUUGGAGCUCACAAAGACUCGUUUGUUAUGAUUGGACCCCAGUUCAUUUGAUCAGUCAUUUUUAUCGCGUACGUAAUGUCAAAUCAUAAACUAGACAGGUUAUUGCUUCACUUUUUCUUUUGUAAUAUAACUAUGACUACCUACCGAGUAAUAUUCAUGCACUCGGUGACUACAUUGGAGUACAUACAGUGUAUAGUACUAGAGAUAUAUCAUGAGUACCUGUUCUACUUUUUUGUAUGUUAUAUGAUUACAUUCCAGUAUUAAACAUAAAUUAUUUAGGGUGUGUAUCCUGUCUAAUGCCCUUUGGUCACAUCUUAGUAUGACUGUACAAGAGUUUAACUCUAUGUACAAAGUCAAGAUAUUGCACACGCACAUUUUACCUGCAAAUUAAUUUUUCAGCAUAGGAAUUGGUGCAUAUGGUUUUAGUAGAUAGUUACUGAGUUAUGAAAGUAACUGUUAGGAAGUGAUAUUAUCCUUUGUAAAGUAAAAUAUCACCAAAAAAUAUCAAAAUAGAUAUGGCCUCAACUCCAUAUUCUGAAAGUUGGUGGGGAUAUUACAUGCUGUUGAUUGCACAAAUCAGAUCUCACAGAUGUAGCCUCGUGCACUAAGCACUAAACCCAUCCCAUAAAUGUUGUGAAAUGGCAUACUUUAUGUUAGCCGUCCCUUAGAGGUGUGUACUGUUUAAUGAUCUAUAAUUGACUGCGAGAUAAUUUUUUUUUUUUUUAUAUUACUGCUUCACCAAAUUCCACUCUUUGUACAUUUAUCUAGACUUGAGAAAGCUUCAUGGAAUACUAUACUCGGUUUUCCCUAAGUGUGUGUGUUUGUUUUUUCUUAUUAUUUUAAAGCAAUGGAAUAUAAAGAGGUAAUGACUCAAACAUGAACUACAUUUCCCACAAUGUUUGGUGAGCAAUACUGCACUGGACAAGCAUCUCCACAAUAUACAUUUGAAGAUAUUUUUAAUGAGAAUUUUUAAUUCUGUUGGAUUUUGUCUGUAUAGAUAUAUUGUUUCUAUAUUAACCAAUUUUAUUUUCAGAGGAAAAGAUUUAUAACUGUAUAUGUAAACACACAUAAGACAUAUUUUUAUAAUUAAAUUAAAGGCUAAAGGAUGUUACUAUUAAGGUAUGGUUGUGGAUUAGUAUAUAAGGAACACACUCCAACACCUCCAGUAAUCUUGUAGGUAUCCCUGAAUGUGAAGACCACUGAUAAACACUAUCCAGUUUUGUUUAUCCUUGCUAAAGAGGAUAAAGUAAAGUAUAAAUGAUGGUGAAAGUAAUCUACUUGAACUGAGACUGACUGAUAGUGACCACCUUAGGGUUAAUGGUGACAAGCUUUUAAUUUGCAACUCAUUGAACAAUGUUGUGGAGAGGCUACUUGUUACCACAGGUACAGUGCCUCAAAUCAAAUCUUGGUCGCUGAGUAAAUGAGUGGGCGGUUUACAGCUCCUUGAUGUUGCUGUCCAUAGGAUGACUAGAUUUCAUUAUGUAGUCACUAAAAUCUGCAUCUUAUAAGUCUUGUGCUAUACACCAGGGUGUCCAAAUGGAUAAAUUAAUUUGAUAAAUCAUAAUGAAAAAUAUUGCAAAUCAAGAUUCUUUCGAGACCCAGUUAGCCAAAAGCUUUUGACACAGUUAUAUUCAAUUAGUGUUCUACCUGUAUUUAGUAUGGAGUCUCCCUCAAGCCAAAUUGACUCCUUUGAAGUCUUCCUAAUAUAUUUUAACCCUCUUGCGCAUCAUGACAUAAAUCAUGUCAAAUCAUUGGGUAGCAUUGUUUGCAUCGGUGAUGCGGAUCACAUUAUUAAACUUAAAAAGUUCUUCAAAAGAAAGUUUUCAAGAUAAUCACAUCAAAUUUUCAUGCAUCAUAAAUGACUGCAUUAUCUUGUGAGGGAAGCAUCCAGAAAGUAUCAAAAUGUGGAUGGUGUUCUGCAGGCCAUCAGUUUCCUCCCAUCAGCUGUACUGGUGGGUCGUAUUUGUCCCUUUAUCUCGUCUCCCAUUAUCCCCACAAUUAGUCAAUCAAAAUUUCAAAGCCACUGUUGGAAAGCUCAUAAAAUUCCACUUUUAAUUUUGAUAAUACCUUGGUAGGUUUGUGAGAAAAUAUCCAAGGUAAGAUGCCGGGAACACAAAUAAUUUUUUUCUUUAUUCUGAGUGAAAAUAUAUACAGUACAGUACGUACAGGGUAGUCUUAUUCUCGUCUUAAAUUUUUUCUGCUUAUGUUAAAACAAAAACAAUAACAAAGCCGGUGAUGUAUAAAUCAUACAAAAAAAUCCUGAUGGGAUAAAUUGGCUGUAGAUGGAAGAUGACCAGACUUGAUAUGAGUGGUCCCAUAUGAGCUUUGUCGUGAUCACAGAAAUUAAAAAUGUUAUUGCAAGCAUGGGAGGGUUAACCUGUAUUUAGUAGUGUUAGUUUUAUAGACCGGAAUUUAUUAUCAGUUUAUUGAAAUAUAGUACAUUUUGUUGUCAUAAGAUUUCGGUUCUCUGGGCUGGGAAACUGGAGGUUUUGGUGUUUAGCUUAAGGAUCAUCAGCUAUUGAAACUUGAA